AUGACUACUACGACGAAUGAUUCUCAUCAAAUAGAUUUGAGUCCAUGGGAACAUUUGCUUAAAGCUGUAAGAGAAUUUAUUCACAUUCGAAUUCAAAAAGUAUGUCAUACUGAUCAAAUGACCAUUAUUGUUUUUGGUAAUAGUGCGACACGAAUUUAUAAUCGAGAAAAACUAAAUCACAUUGAUAUGGAUCGGCUUAAUAUACCGAUGUCAAUGUGUGGUCAAGGUACUAACUUUUCAGUUGCAUUUGCUAUGCUUAUCGAAACGCUGGACGGAAUCAAGAAUGAUUCAACAUGCAAUAGUCUUCGACAAACAAUCAUCUUUCUAACGGAUGGAGAACCUCAAGUUUAUCCAACGUCUGAAUUAGAACGUUUAUCUACCGAUUACAAAUCAAUGAUCACUGAUUUUUGGAUAAUGGGUCUUGGUAAUUAUAAUAAGAAAGUUCUCCAACAAAUAAAUGAGAAAAUGCAAGGCAAGCUAACAGACAUUGAAAAACCGGAAGAUCUUAUAGAAGCAUAUGCUGAGAUUGCCGACUCUUGUGAUACAAAUUUAUCUUGA